GUCACAGAUCUUGAUAAGUGUCAUUCCCUAAACAUUCUUUAACAACUGCAAGCUCGGGUACACCCCACCCUUCGCAUCAGACGAGUGGUUAGAGUGCUAGAGUAUAAAUCGAGAGGCUCGAGUUCGAUACUCGUGUGGCACAGCAAACUUUCCUUAGUUGAUUCGACUGUCGGGAACGGGUACCUGACUCCACAGAAGGUUGAGGAAGGUAGGGGUGUGAUGGAGAGGAGACGGACACCGCCCUCACUCGAAGUUGCUCACCAUAAAAAGCUGCGUCUCUAACACCACCCUCAUCAACGACCUAAAGGUUAGGGGGCGACCUGUACCUUCAAUUUACCCCACUAACACCUCACCUGCCAGAAGGAUUAAAAAAGAGCAUUUUUGCGGUGAUAAGACAAUAUCGUGGUGAACAAGCCGUGCAGAGGGUCUGUUGGCCGGCCGCCAGAGGAGCAACACUGUGUGGGUGUUAAAAAUGUCGAGCGACAACAACAGGAACUUGUUAUCGCCGGUGACGAUUCUACUCUCGUUUCAUUUUUCACUGGAGGUCAUCGCGCUUAUUUUAAAAUAACAUCGAAGAAGAGAGAGUCGCAAAUCGUCGGCAAUGUCUUACAACUUCGUGGACCUGUUUAUCAACAUCAACUGUCUCAAUAACUCUACCACUACUCCUGCACAAUGUACAGACGAGACCAGCAGCAGACUUUUCCUCUACUACGGGUUGAUACCUGCUAUACUGAUCACAUUUCUAUUCGCUCUCACCAAGAAAAGGAGGAGUAUUCUAUUGGAGGUUUUCUGGGGACGACCUGGUGUUGUGUACGCCAUGGAUUCCAUGUCACGUCACUCCAGACUUGCCUACGCAUGCGCAUUUGGGGCCUCAGCAAUUGUGGUUUAUAGAAUUGUCUUUGGCCAGGCAAAAAUUAUAGACUACAAUGGGUCCAUUACAUCGUUCCUCAACCUGGUCUACAUGUUCGUGUACGGAAUGACCUUUCUGCCAGUCUUUGUCAGUCUCACCAUGGGAUCAGUCUUCGGGUACGGACUGGGGGCCUUGUACGUGUGGCUGUUGACGGCAGGACAGCUGUACGAGCUGGCACAGUGUUACAUCACAGCUGAGGGCAUAGUGCUGCUCAUUUUUAGGAACGUGCCAUGCCUUCUGUGCCUCCUGUACCUCAGCAUCUCCAUCCCGCUCCGCUUCGUGCGGUUUGUCCACGGUCAUCGCCCUUGGUUCGUGUGGACCAACGAGUCCAGCGACAGAUGCGACACACUGGAGGACAUUCGGAACUCCAGCGACGGAAACUAUGUCGCCGACAUCUUUACUAAGCCAAAGGAAGAGAAAGUCAGAGAAAGGUUUUCUGAAGGAAGAAUGCCAGUGAUAAAAGAAGUACUUUUGCCGCUGAUUGAGAAAUUUGUUUACAAAAGAAAGAGAGGAUUUCGAUAUCCAUCGAGACUAUUGUCAAUACUGUUUCUAACAGCCGUUGUGGCUUACAUUGUUGCGUUCGAAGGAAUGACUUUACUCCUGCGCUUUUUCAUGGUUUUAAAAGAAUGUGUGGACGAAUAUACUACAGAUGAAGAGGAGAAGUAUGAGCUGAAGCAGCUGAUCAAUGUUCUGAUUGCAAGUUCUAUAUUGUCUACACUCACAGUGGCUGGCUUGUUCAUUUUUUCCGCUCUGGGCAUUCUGACCAACUACAGAAAUCAUGUGAUGGAAAUGUACAAGGGAAAGGUUACCAGCAUACCUCGAAGUGAAACGACGAGUCCAGCCACAGACUGCACGAGCUAUAUAAAGUACGGAGGUUAUCAAGCUGCUUACCUGAUCUGGGCUUUUCUGAUCCAGUUUGUUAUUUUGUUUUUACUCUUCUUUUUCUUUGGAUAUCUAAUGCUCCGCUUCGAUCUCGUCACAAACUUUCUGCAAUGGAUUUGGCCAUAUUUGUCGGUAUUCAUCAUUGUCAACAUUGUUCUAUGGAUCUUGUCCAAAUACCUCUUCCUCCAAGAUAAUGGCUCCUACCUGGCGCUCAGCCACAGGGGCUUGCUCUUUAACUGUGUGUACUUUGUGACCUUCUACUUCCUGUUCCUUGGUCUCUUCUCAUUACUCUUGCGCUUAUUCAUGUCCUUGGUUCUUGGAGUUAUCUACCUUGGUCGCCUGGACAAGACAAUCAUGGUGAAGAACUUCGAGGUCUUUGACCUAGGAUUCAACACCUAUGUGGGCUUCAUGAAGACAGACUGUGCCCACUCACAUCCGGUGCUCAUCGUGUUUACCAGACUGAUGCUGCUCGCAGCUAGGAGUCGUGAGGUGGAGCUGCCCACCAGGUCUGGGUACCAGGCGUUGGGUGAGUUCUACGCUGACUAUGAGGUGAAGUACGACAGCCUGGCUCGUCGCCGCUGGCAUCUACUGUACACCCUACAUUGCAAUCCCACCCUCUGCAGCCUUCGGAAAGGUCACGUGGGGUCACAGUCGUAAUGGCCUCGUGGAGAUGAACUCGCGGUCAGCUGUUUCGUCUGAUUAUUCAAAUCACGGUGAAAACAUGUGAACAAAAGAUUACUGUGAACAGAAGUGAAGUGUGAAAAGUCCAUUGAUUCAAAUUUAGUGGAGAAGACAUGGGAACUGAUGAGUUGUGUGUUAAGGGUUUGUUUUGGCUUGCUUUGUUGUUUUUUUCUUUAUUACAAGAUUUUCAUCAUUGUUUAUGUUUUGUGCAUGUGAAAUAAAAAAAAAAGACUUCAC